UGUCACUUGCCUUCCGCUCUUCUUCCGAGAAGCUACCUAUUUUAUAUUUUACCUUUGGUCAUUUACAACCCUCUACCACCACGAUCAUAGCGAUCGAUAAACAGAAGACGAAGACGACUUCCGUUCGCCAAAGGAUACAUUAUUUUUUGAAAAUUUCGACAUGUUCAACAGACCUCAGAGUGCAACUACGAGGCAGGAGACUGAAAUGAUCAAUAAGGCCCAGAGGGCCAUACAUACAACCACGGAUUCUAUCGAGAAGUUACGUUUGCUCUGCCUAACUAGAGGUGCCAAUGGCAUCCUCGGCCUUGGCAGAAUAUUCCGUCGUAUGGACGACGACGGUAAUAAGCAAUUAAACUUGGAGGAAUUCACGAAAGGUUUGAAAGAAAGUGGUUUGGAUAUAUCAGACGAUGAAAUAAAUGAGAUAUUUCAAAAAUUCGAUACCGACGGAAAUGGAAAUCUCAGCGUCGAUGAGUUUAUCGUCGCGGUAAGACCUACAAUGUCUUCAAGUCGCAAAAAAGUUGUAGAACAGGCAUUUCAAAAAUUGGAUAAAACCGGUGACGGUGAAAUAACGAUAGACGAUUUAAAAGGAGUAUACAAUGUGAAAUGUCAUCCACGUUAUAUAAGUGGCGAGGAGAGCGAGGAAAGUAUUUUGAAUAAAUUUCUUGGAAAUUUAGAACAAAACGCAACGAGAGAUGGAGUAGUCACUGCUGAAGAGUUUAUGAAUUACUAUAGCGGAAUAAGUGCCAGUAUCGAUCACGAUGCGUAUUUCGAUUUAAUGAUGCGCAAUGCUUACAAGCUUUAAAAAAUUAACUUCAUUUUAUUAAUAAUAAAGUAAAGCACGUCACCUGCGAGCUUCUGUUCAAAUAGUCUUAUUUUAAAAGACGAUACAAAUCUUAGAAUGAAAUCGCACAGAGAUUGAUCGAACAGUGUUAUUGCAAUUUUUAUAGAAAUUAUCAAUCAUUGGUGUUAUAUACAAAUGUUAUGAAGCUAUAAUUCUAUAACGUGGUAGAUGAUGAUACAUCUAUAUUAAUGUACAUUUAGAUGUACAUACAUAUAUAAUUUUAAUGUAUAUACAUAAUUUCGAUACAUCGAAGUCCUCUACGUUGUUCUAUCUCAAUGUUUGACAAAGUUGGUUGCAGGGACCAAUCUAAUUAUAUAUGUGUCCAUUGAUAUCAAAUCCUAACACUCAUAUUUCAGCUUUAAAAUUUAGUCCUUCUUCUCUUCCUUUUUAUUUUUGUUUUUUAUUUAUGCGAAUAAAUAUUAAUUAAAUGAUAUUAUAUGUAUUUAUGAGCAAAAUAAAGGUAAUAUUGUAAUAGCGAUGUAAA